GCUUCGAUUUGAGCCAAUUUCGACCAGCCAUAGAGCUGGACUGCCGGAGCGGGCCAAGGCAAAACCCAGUGGGCUUGGGCUGCGAGCUUUUUUGAAGUGCAUGCCGAACCGUCCGCUAGCCAGGCCUGAGCCCACAUUCUAGUCUCUAGAGCCGCCUGCCGUUAAGGGAAUCGACCUUGCUGGCGCCGAAGCAGCAAAGCGAGUGUUGUGUUUCUUUUAGGGUUUUGCCAUUUGCUUAGGGUUUUUGCUCUUUGCGUCGAUUCAGUUUGUUUCUUUUCUCCGAGCAGCCAAGAAUUCAUUACGCAGCAGCCAUGGCGAGCACCAAAGUCCAGAGGAUCAUGACCCAACCGAUCAACCUCAUUUUCAGGUUCCUUCAAAGCAAAGCUCGCAUUCAGAUUUGGCUGUUCGAGCAGAAGGAUUUGAGGAUAGAAGGGCGCAUAAUUGGGUUUGAUGAGUACAUGAAUUUGGUAUUGGAUGAUGCCGAGGAAGUCAGCAUAAAGAAGAAAAGCAGAAAGUCAUUAGGGAGGAUCUUACUUAAAGGGGACAAUAUCACUCUGAUGAUGAACAGGUAUGUGAAUAUAUAUCAUGACCCAUUUUUUCUCUUGUAUGCAUGCACAUGUUUUGCGCCCUCAAUUCAUUCUCUCGUUCAUUUCUUUUCUUUCUUCUUCUUCUUUUUCUUCUUCUUCUUUUUGGGGCUCUUACACAGUGGGAAAUGAUGACUAGAAGGAAGGAUGGGUGCAGGAGCUUUUGGAUUGUUGCAUUUUUAAUGGAUAUUGUAUUUGUAUGGCUAAUCAUACAUUGAGCUUGGAUGUGUUCUUGUGAUAAUUACUUACCUUUAAAUAUUAAAAUAGGUACAAGUUGUGUAUUUUUUUUUUGGGUUAACAUUUGCUUGACCAUGAUACAUUUCUCCAUUUAGCUGAAGUGCCAAUUAUAUUUUGCAUGGUCCCA